AUGAGAUCCAAUCGAGUUUAUGUACUCGUCUGCCAAGUGCUGCUGGUGCUUCUGUCCAGUUUGUCAUUUGCAGAUGAAUAUGAUGGCGAAUUCACCACCGAAGAGGCAGGGCAAAGGAAAAUGACGAAACAAAAGGUGUGGUUCAUGAGGGACGCGGAACUUCCAGGGGGGAUCACUCUGCCAUUGUCACCUUUGACUCUCCUUUUUCUUCUUUUCGGGAUGACCCAUCUCUAUUUGAACUGGGGAACCUACGCCUGGUGCGAAGCUUCCCACAUUUUGCUCAAGGAUCACUCCAAAGAGGGUAAACAAGCCAUGAAGGAAAUAUGCCAACAGAUUGGAAGCGACUACAAAAGGUUUCAAGAGAAUGCUCGGCAAAUGUCGGAUUGCCCCUCCAGGAAAGAUGGAGGAGAUCUAGGCAGAUUUUACCGAGGGGACAUGGCCAAGAAUUUCGACAGGGCAUGUUUUGAUCCAAACGUACCUACUGGAAAGUGUGUUGGACCCCUCGAAACUAGCUUUGGAUUUCACCUCAUUUUCAUUCAAAAGAGAUCCAUCUAG